AUGUGCCCAGGAUGGUUGGCCCUCGCACUGCUAUUCCUACUGAGCCCAGGCACACAGGCCUUCAACAGCCAGCUCAUCAAGUGCUUUGAGGACCCCCAGUAUGAAGAGCUGGUACGGCUGGUGAGAGACGGACUAGGGCCGACUGUGGAAAGGAAGCGAGUAGUGGUGAUUGGGGCAGGCAUGGCUGGGCUCACUGCUGCCAAGAUGCUUCAAGAUGCAGGCCACCAGGUAACUGUCCUGGAGGCUUCGGGGCGUGUGGGUGGCAGAAUAGAAACACACAGAGUGCCAGGGGCACAGUGGUAUGUGGAACUGGGUGCCAUGAGAAUCCCUGCCAACCACAGGCUCUCCCGUGAACUCAUCAACAAGUUUGGACUGAAACUUGGUGAGUUCUGUCGCUCAGACCUCCAGACCUGGGUGCUGGUCAAUGGGGUGCGGUGCCGAACAGGAGAGAUGCAUGCCAACCCACACCUGCUGGGCUACUCAGUCAGAGCCCAUGAGAAAGGAAAGACAGCAGAACAACUGUUUGAUCAAUCACUAAGGAAGGUGGUGGAGGAACUGAAGAAAAGUAGCUGCAGCCAGGUGCUGGAGAAGUAUGACUCCUUCUCCACCAAGGAGUACCUGAUAAAGGUGGGCAACCUGAGCCGUGGAGCUGUGCAGAUGAUUGGGGACCUGCUGAACGCAGACGCUGGCUACUAUGAGGCCUUCACAGAGACCCUGCGUGCUGUCAUCUCCUUCAACCAGGAGCCCCGGUUUGACGAAAUCGUUGGAGGCUUUGAUCAACUCCCCAGGGCCCUUCACGAUGCCCUCUUGCCUGGAACAGUGCAGCUCCACUCACCAGCAGAGGAAGUGGAGACUUCUGGUAGCCUCGUCCACGUCACCUACCAGACAUCUGACCCACUUCGGCCCAGAGAGCGUUUGACUGCAGAUUACGUGAUUGUGGCCAGCACUGCCAAGGCUGCCCGGCUCCUCCGUUUCCGGCCACCCCUCUCUCCUGGCAAGGAGGAUGCUCUGCGUUCCGUCCACUACAACAGUGCCACCAAAGUGAUCUUGGCCUGCACACAGCGUUUCUGGGAGGAGGAUGGCAUCUUUGGAUGUAAGUCCAUCACCGACCGGCCUUCCCGCUUCAUAUAUUAUCCCAACCACGUCUUCCCCAAUGGCACAGGAGUCAUCCUAGCAUCCUAUACCUUGGAUGACGACUCCUCAUUCUUUACUGCCAUGAAUCAUGCCCGGGUAGUGGACGUUGUCCUCGAUGACCUAGCCGCAGUCCAUGACCGCUCCAAGGAGGAGAUCAGGGCUCUAUGUCCCUACUCCAAAGUCAAGCACUGGAGCCAAGACCCCUAUUCCAUGGGAGGCUUUGUCUUCUUCACACCCUACCAGUACGUGGACUAUGCCCAGGAACUCUGCCGGCCAGAAGGACGAGUACACUUUGCUGGUGAGCACACAACCCUGCCCCAUGGCUGGAUUGACACAGCCAUUAAAUCAGGGCUCAGGGCUGCACUGAGCAUCCAAGAGGCUGUGGGCUUGGGCUGGGGCUUGACUAAGAGCCCUAGAGACCAGAAAAAGCACCACUCCAAAAGUGAGCUAUAG